GAUUUAUAAAUCUUUUUCAUUUCCCACAGUGUUUAACUUUAAACUGAGUCUAUAUAGAUUGAAUUUAAUAAAUACUUGUUGAUUAGUAAUAGUUAUUCUUAUGACAUCUACAUACUUAUGUUGAAGGUCUGGGUGGCAUUGUAUUAGAUGAGUCACAUUGCAUUCAUUCUAAAGGUGGGGUUUGACCUACAUUAACUUCGGAUAACAUGUGACUGACUGGCCUGAAGGUUACAGUAAGCAAUUAUAGGAGCUUAGCACCAACAAGAGAAGGCAUUAUUGUAUAAUAUCCAGGUGCCUAUUUGCUCAGAUUAAAAAAGUAAAUAUCUUUAUCAACACCCAAUGCCUUGGAGAUCUACACAAUAGUCUUGCCCAAUUGUUCCUAUAUAGCAUUUUUUUUAAAGAAAACGUAUAUCAAAAAUGAACUCCACUAAGGUAAUUCCCUCUCAGCCCUAGCAAUUUGUUAAGUUUGUAUAUUCUAAAUCUAAAAUAGUAGACAGUUUGUUGAAGAUCCAGUCCAAAAUAUGUUGAAGAGAAAAGGGAUUGCCUACAUUGUAAUCAUUAGCAUUUGUGUAUGUGAUUGAGUAAAAUAUCGCUGGUGAAUGAAAGCUAGUUGGCCAUUUUGUUUAGCUAUAUAUCCCAUUAUGAAUUAUUUUUUCAGAAUACUGUCAUACAAAUCAUGAUAAUUUUUUGAAAAUAAGAUCAAUUACUUUUGUGUCUAAUAAGUACACUAUAAGAGACCUUCAAAUUCAUUUCAGAAUCUAUUAGGAGAAAAGCAGAAUAGUUGAGAGGAUGAGGUAAUAAAAUUAAAAGGAAAACAGAAUAGCUAUUAUAAUAUUGAAUAUCAUAAUUAAUAUGAUAUUGUAAUACAGGCAGUUUUGUAAGUAGUAGCAAUUACUGUAUGACAAAACAAUCAUGUCUCACAAAGUUCUUUUUUACUUCUCUUUGUGAAAUAGAUAGGAUUCAAACUCAUUUCCUACAUGGGAGAUAUUGACAACCAACAGCGAACAUCAUCACUUAUCUAAUCAAGGAAGGACCAGACAACUAUGGCAAUUCUAAUUUAGUACCUUCCCCUCUUCAUAAGGUUGGAAAUGCAUUUUCCACAUUUUCUCCCUCCUUCCACUCCUUUCCCACCCAUUGAAAAGAAGGCAGAAGACUGAGCCUUGAAACUAUGUAUUUGAGAGAUUGUCACGACAUCUCGAAUACCUUGUGCUGGUGCUGUCACCGAAAAGUCUGGCUACAUUCUGAGGAGAACUGCUUCCAUGACAGGAGGGAGCAGUCUCAGGACUGAGAUGAGUAUAAAGCCAGAAGGGGCACACCAUGCAUAGAUAUACGACGAUCAAGCAGCUUGGUGAUGGAACCUAUGGCUCUGUCCUCCUAGGAAGAAGUAUUGAGUCUGGAGAGCUAAUUGCCAUUAAAAAGAUGAAAAGAAAGUUUUAUUCCUGGGAGGAAUGCAUGAAUCUUCGGGAGGUUAAGUCUUUAAAGAAGCUGAACCAUGCCAAUGUAGUAAAACUGAAAGAAGUUAUCAGGGAAAAUGAUAAUCUUUAUUUUAUUUUUGAAUACAUGAAAGAAAAUCUUUAUCAGCUAAUGAAAGAAAGAAGCAAGUUGUUUCCUGAGUCUGCUAUUAGGAAUAUCAUGUACCAGAUACUACAGGGUCUUGCAUUCAUCCACAAACAUGGUUUCUUCCAUAGAGACUUAAAACCUGAAAACCUCCUUUGCAUGGGACCAGAACUUGUGAAAAUAGCGGACUUUGGAUUAGCCAGAGAAAUUCGAUCGAGGCCACCUUAUACUGACUAUGUGUCUACAAGAUGGUAUCGGGCUCCAGAAGUUCUCCUGAGAUCUACCAACUACAGUUCUCCUAUUGAUGUCUGGGCUGUGGGAUGCAUCAUGGCAGAAGUUUACACACUACGGCCCCUCUUCCCAGGUGCCAGUGAAAUUGAUACAAUAUUCAAAAUUUGCCAAGUACUGGGAACACCAAAAAAGAAUGACUGGCCUGAAGGAUACCAACUUUCUAAUUCCAUGAACUUCCGCUGGCCUCAGUGCAUCCCUAAUAAUUUAAAGUCUCUGAUUCCAAAUGCCAGCAGUGAGGCAAUUCAGCUCAUGAGAGACAUGUUGCAGUGGGAUCCCAAAAAGCGACCAACAGCUAGUCAGGCACUUCGAUAUCCCUACUUUCAGAUUGGACAUCCCCUAGGCAGCACUUCCCAUAGCCUUCAGGAAAUGGGGAAACAACAGAAAGAAUUUCAUGAGAAAAUGGGACCACCAUCCCAUUUUAAACCUGUACCUCCUGCAAAUCCCCCCGCCAAACCACAUCCCCGGAUUUCUUCUCGACCACACCAGCCAAGCCAGCCCCCCCAGCAUUUCAUAUACCCAUACAAGUCAGAGGCUGCCACAACAGAUCCUGAGAUACAGAAUGAAGAGGACCAGCCUGGUCCAAUGCUAUUUCCAGCCCUCCACAAGAUUCCUCAGAAUAAAAUUUUGGCUGGCAUGGAACACCCAAAUGGUGAAAUUAAACCAAAGAGUAGGAGGUGGGGCCAUGUUUCCAGGUCAACAAAGGAUUCUGAUGAUUGGGGUGACUUGGAUGAUCUUGAUUUCAGCCCUUCCCUCACCAGGACUGAUCUAAAAAAUAAGAAAAGACAGAGUGAUGAAACUCUCUGUAGAUUUGAGAGUGUUUUGGACCUGAAGCCUUCAGAGCCCAUAGGUACUGGCAAUAGUGCACCCACCCAUACUUCCUAUCAGCGACAAGACACUCCAACACUGCGAUCUGUAGCCAAGCAGCAUUACUUGAAGCACUCUAGAUACUUGCCUGGCAUACCUAUUAGAAAUGGUAUACUUCCAAAUCAGGGCAAGGAUUUUCUUCCACCUAAUUCAUGGUCUGGAUCUAGUCUCUCUGGAAAAUCUUCAGGGUCAGUAUCAGGAAUCAGCAGAAUGAAUUCAGUUGUUUCUGGCUAUUCAGGAUCUGGCAGACUGACUGGUAGCUAUCUCCCUCCAUUUCUGAAAAAAGAAGUGGGUUCUGCUGGACAGAGGGUGCACCUAGCUCCUAUUUCCGAUCCUUCUCCUGGUUAUGCUUCGCUGAAGUCUGUGAGACCUCAUCAUAAUCGACCCCUUUUCCAUACCCAGCCCAGAAGUACCCCAGGAUUAUUGCCUCGGCCUCCUGCAGCCCAGCCAGUUCAUGGACGUACUGACUGGGUUUCUAAAUAUGCAUCUCGACGAUGACAGACAUGAAGCACUUUGCACUGAAAAGCAGAAAACUUUUCAUCUGAUUGGUGAAGGAAAUUGUCCGACCUGCAAUAAGCAUGAGAAAUGACAAGCAAAGGCCUCCCCCCAACAUAUUAUAGUUAUCUUCUGCAAUUAAGAUAUUUCAAUAUUCCUUUUUUUAAGUUUUUAAAAAAUAUUCAUUUGAAUCCAAUGUGUACCUUUUUUGUACAAAUUUAUUUUGUUCUAUAACUGGGUCUUAUUAUUUUCUUAAACAGCAGCAUUUUGUAUAUAGGAAAUUAUGUUUUGACAUUUUAUACAGGAACCUUUAUAAUGAACUUUAAAAAAAAGACUCUUAAUUUGGGGGGUGGUAUCCAGGAAAUAUUUUAUACAAAUAAAGAAAUGCAGUGAAACUAAUGCAGUAUUGCAAUAUAGGUGCAAUUUAGGGCUGUGUGAUACAGGGGCAUUCACCUUCGCCUUUUGGCUAUUUGUAACAUGGUUAAGUUGCAAAUACAGCACAUUAGGCACAUCUGGCCUACUCUGACAAACUGGUUUGGUUUUAGUACUGUAAAAGUGAUUCCCAACUUUUUCAGAUGCCCUGUUUUCCUUGAUCUGAGUUUGUAGCACCAUGAUUCCCCUCUCCUAAAAGUAUUAUAGCAUUUCUUAAAUUUCAUUUUGAAAAUUUUCUAGCAUCUUUUGAAAUUAUUGGAGAUACCCUAAGGUAUUAUGAAGGCAGGUUUGGGGAUCACUUCAAUUAUUUCUUUCUUUUCAUUUUUUGAAACAGAUUAGUGGAGAGUAAUCCUAUAAGUAAUUGUGCACACACACAAAAUUGAAUUUUUGUUAAGCAAAAGCCUGUUAAAUUUAAAGGCUAACUUGGGCAAUUUGACUCUAUGUUUCUGCCCCACAAUGAGUGCCAGCAGACAUAGCCAGUGGUUUUUUACCUUGGCAAGGGAGUUUCCCCCCCUUCAUUCCAAGGGGAAUUUUUACAUAUAUUGCACAUCUCUAGGGCUGGUUAGGAUUAGACAGUAUGUAAUCCACCCUCAUUACCAGGUACUUCAUAAUAACUUCUGAUAAGCAGAAAGGACUUGGGCUCUCUCUGAUUUGCUGGGAAACCAAAUUUACAGUAAUACUAGUGUCAGUAAUGUGCCACAUUUGAACUUAACCAUUAAUUUCUCUUAAACAAAGGGAAGAUAUACUGUAUUUAUCUGAUAAGGCUGUUCCUGAGAAAGGAAUGUUUACAGCAUAUUAAAAAUGACAAAGCUGGUUUGUAGGCAAAAAAACAAUGGUUAAGACCUAUUCUUGACCCAUUUUGGUGCAAUUCUUCUGCUCCUUUGAUGGACUUCCCUAAUGGCAAAAAAUUAUUUCCAAUGAAAACAAAAAUAUUUGUGGUUAUUUGGGUCCAUACCUGUGCUUUCAUUUUCAGGAAUUUUCAGUGCAGAAACUCCCUUCACAGAUACAGACUAAUAAUUUAUCUGCAACUUAUGGUCUUAGAGCUGAUUGGGGCUUUUGGAGGUAUUAUCACCUGCCCAUGGCCACUCAUCUAGUAGUACAGGACUUAAAUCCAGUUCUAAGGGCAACUUCAUGCUGCCUCUCACAGAACAUAGGGAUUUCAAUUGUUUUUGGAAGUAUUUGAACUUGAUUAACAUUUCAAUAGUAAAUGAACUUAGACUCAGUAUCUAAGUUAAUUAUUUACAGAUUUCCCAAGUUCAAGAAUCCCACUUUAUAAAUUAUUGCUUCAUUGUAUCAAGUUAUGUCAUGAAAAAAAUGAUCAAUGACUUUCAGAAGUCUUGAAUUUAAAACUGGGAGUAUCUUGUGCACUGUGAGUUACCUGACUCAAAAAUUAGCAGUUAUACCUAUCAGCUAAUCUAAUGCCGUUAGGUGAAUUCAAAGGAGACAAAAAAAUAUUUUUUUAAAGCACUCAGUGGAUAUGGGUUUGGUCUUUUGGGCUGUUAUGUUUUAUUGCUGGCAAACCAGCAGCAAAAUUUAAGAAAGAAAAUGAUAUCUUUAUAUAAGCAAGCACACUUUGCAGCUGCAUUCAUUUAUUUUAUUGUAUUGUGUAACCAUUUCUUAAAGCAACAUGAAAUGUUUUCAACAAUGGCUUUUUUAGUGUACCAGUGAAUAUUUAUUUUCUAGCCUACAAUAUUACAAAAAUUUAGUUUACAUAAAGAUGAGCAUAUACUGAUUUGAUGGGGGAAGCUGUUUUCACAUUGUAAACGGUGCCCCUGGGCACCAUACAGUACCUCCAUCAAGUUCUAAUUUAUGUUGAAUUCAUUGAAUUUUAUCAAUUCCAAACACUGGAUUUGCAUGUUUUCCAAAAGACAAAUUCUUAUUAUAGGACUACAAAAAAUAUUUGUGUGAUGUUCUGUUAAGACCGAGCUAUUAGAAUUCUUUUCUUUUUUUUUUUUUUUUUCCUUUUUAUUUACCUGUGUCCAUCAGAAGUUCCAACAGCUUUCCCUGGCAAAGCCCGAUGAAGUUACCUGUAUAUAAGGAAUAGAGCUGUUCCACAAAAGGGACUGCAAUGGUCAUUUUAGUAAUUACAGUGUCUCUGUCAUCUAACUGCUGACUGCAGUCAUAUAAAGUGCUCUUUUAUUUGCCAAAUGGGUAAAGGACAAACUGUGUAUUCCAACUUUGAUUAGCAGAGGCAAAUGAUAACUUUCUGUUAAGUAGAAAUGAAUAGCUGCACCUAUUGUUAGCUUUUGUUUUAACAAUAUUUAUUUAUGAUACAAGACACACAAAAAAUGAUGAGCUUGAUGGUAUCAAUUUAUGAGUAUACCUCAGCUAAUCACCUUGAAAAAAAAAAAGCACAGCAGGCUAUCAGUAAUGGCCAUAGAUUCAGCUCUUGUACUAUGUCCAAAUAUGUCUAGAAAUAGCAAUUAUAAUUUUAAAUGCAAAUGUAAGCAAUACCCCUGCUUUAAGAAAACCCAAUAUUUGGAAAAACUGGAUUUACAGGAAAGAUGAAUUAGUGAUGGUGGAUAAGGGUGUGUGUGUGUGUGUGUGUGUGUGUGUGUGUGUGGUAGGAUUGGGGGGAAUAUUGGGAAUGAUUUAUUUUGACUUUCUUUCAUCGAUCCACCACCCUUAUGCAUUAGGAUUAUUUAGGGAAAUUGAGUAGACAACCUUUAUGCAUAAUGCUGACUCAAUCCCUUCCCUCUUCCGUGAUUAACAAAAUCAGAACCUGACCCUUGAUUUACAUUUACAUGUAGUUCUUGCUUUAUGUGAAUUAUUGUUUUCAAAUAUAGGUCAUGUCAAGAGAACUCCCAAACUGUGCAUCCUUUCUAAACAAACUAUUUCACUCAUAGAAAUUGCAUCGGUCAGUCAUUGCUUUGUGCCAUUUCCAAGAAAGAACGCAGACUGGCAGCAGCUGCUCACAAUGUGACCAAAAGCAAUAUGUUCCUGAGAAAACAUUUCAACAUGCAAGUCUUUUAUAUACUUUGACGCAAACUGUAGCAACUUGGAUGUCCAAUAGAUGUUCUUAAGUUUUUAAAGAUGAUUUAAAAAUUUUCAACUUAAUGUACUGUACUUUUGUAUAAGUUUAUGUGAGAAAUCUUUUUGUAAAUAUGUUAAGAAGCUGAGUCCAAGGGUGAACAACACAUUAAUCCAGAAUAUCAUUUUUCCCUGGGUGCCCUGUGCUAAUCAUUUUGAACUAAAAAGCUGAUUUGAUGGCUUGGAAUCACUUCAGCUACCCAAUCAGUAAGACCAUUUAAUUACCUGAUUAUUUGCAAUAACAAAAAAAAAAAUGAGUGAGAUUAUAUUUUUAAUGCAAAGAAACAAAUAAAGAAUAGAGGAAGUGGGAAAUGUCAUUUGUGGAGAAAGUCCACAAAAUCUAAUACUCCACUUCAAAUAGUGUGUUGUAUGGCCAUUUAAGAACACCCAUUAGCUUUGUGUAAAGAAAAUUCUACUGGCCCAAAUAAAGUUACUUUUAAGAAAUGCUGGCUUGAGGGUUUUGUUUCUAUAUUUGCUUACAUUCAAGGAUGAAAUUGAUAUUUUAUAAUUUUACUCACUGUAAAGUUUAUCCAUGAUCUUAAAAUUCUCUUGGACCUUAAACAUAUUGCAUUUACAAAAUAAAGUUGCAGCAAUUCA